UAAGCAUCCAUAAACUGAACUUUCAAUUGAAUACGCCACUUGCGGGUCUCUCUGGUCACAUUCAUCAAGCAUAUCAAUAUAGGCCAGCUUAAGGACAACUAUCAUCUCGAGGAAUUUAUCAUGGAUUUCACAUUAGGUGGAAAGUACAGACUUGAAGAGGAAAUCGCCAUUGGAGGAUGCGGCACAGUAUUCCUUGGAGUUCAUACAGUGGCAGGGAAGGAAGUUGCAAUUAAAUUAGAACCAGCCAUAGCACGCAACAGUCCUCUCAAGCAGGAGUCCAAGGUCUACAAGACCCUCAUGGGUGGUCCUGGGGUGCCAUGGAUCAUGUGGUCGGGAAAGCAUGGCGAUUACAAUGUUAUGGUGAUAGAUUUGUUGGGUCCAUCCCUCGAAGACCUGUUCAAGAUGUGCAAUCGUCACUUCACAAUGAAGACCGUGCUUCAGCUUGCGGAUCAAUUGCUAUCGCGCCUAGAGUUUAUCCACUCGCGCGAUUUUGUUCAUCGCGACGUCAAACCUGCCAACUUCGUAAUGGGGACAGACCGUGCAGAACAUCUGGUCAAUGUGAUCGAUUUUGGGCUCGCCAAAAAAUUUCGUGACCCGAAGACAAGCGCCCAUAUCCCAUAUCGACAGGACAACCAUCAUGGCGUGGGUACAUCUCUCUUUGCAUCUAUCAAUGCACAUUGCGGUAUAGAGUGCUCUAGGCGUGAUGAUUUAGAAUCUCUUGCUUACAUGCUGGUUUACUUUCUGCGAGGCACGUUACCCUGGCGGAAAAUUAAAGGCGCUACAGUCGCUGAGACGUGGGAUGCUAUACGAGACAAGAAGCUGGAGGCUGUAUCUGUUCUCACCGUGGGUCUUCCUGUGGAGUUCGAAAUUUUUUUCAACUAUGCAAGAGGUCUCGAGUUUGAAGACCUCCCAGACUACAUGGGACUCCGAAAUUUGUUCAAAGGGCUGGCAAAAACAAUGAAUAUAGAGUAUGAUGAGGUUUACGAUUGGACCAUACCCUCGAGGCGGACGACGAAGAGAUUCUGUGAAGCAUGUAAUGCGCGAAGAUGACGGGAAACAAAGAUGGGGGGAGGGUCUAUCAUAGCCGUGAACCUUCCAGCAGAACACGUGGCGGCACUCAAGAAUUAGCAUGACGAGACCCUUCGAUCACAUGCAGCCGCUAUUACGUUGUCCUCGUUUGUGAGGCACUUAUUAUGACGCUGGCCUGAUACUAGCCAGGUUUUUUCUAAGUGGCCGGCAGCGACUGUUCAGCGAGCUUAGAAUCUUCCAUGUUGAUGUUGCGCGUGUUUAUCUCCAAAAUAGGAAGCACUGCUCAAGGC